GCCUGGGAUCUGUUCCAGAAAGGUUGCUGAGCCGAGGCACAGAGAGAUCAUCUAGCUGGACCUCGAAGGACUGAGUUCUCACCCUCAUCUUCCACCAAGACCACCAGCCCAGGGAAUUCCGAGGAGCGAAAGGAAUCCAAGAUGGAAAAUCCGCCCGGGCUGCUGACGCCCCCAACAUUGAUGGCGCUGUCAUCUACAACAGGAAGUACCAGGGACACUACCACACUCUGCCAGCAGGCCCGAACCUUCACGGUGCCAGUCACUGUGGAAAAAACGGCCCAGGUUCCUUUCCUGAGCCCCACGUACACAUUGGCACCCGUGUAUCAUCAAGCUGAGCGGUCCAAUGUAGAGUACCCAGUCCCACUCCUACACCUGCACCCACAGUUUGGCAUGCUAGGAUACGGCGCCAUUCAGUCCUUCCCGCCUUUUCAGGAGGUUGAGCGUUACCGGCCUGCGUACCUCCCCUCAAAGAGGCUGAAGCACCUUCCGAGUGUGGAGCCUCCACAAAUCAGGUACCUUGCCUCAGACCGAGACUUCAAAAAGUACUGUGUUGACCUUUCCGCCAGCUCCCUAGCAACUGCAAAACAUGACCCAGCAGGAGGGCCGGGGACCACCUCCAACUCUGAUGUUGUGUGGAAGAACCCCCAGCAAGACAGCAAUAAAAGUGAGCAAAGAGUAUUCGCUGCUGUAUUUGUAAUUUGGUUUCAACAGAAUCGAAGGUUAGGUUUGCGUGCUGUUAGAGAUGCUGUACCCCAUUUACCAUGA